AUGGCUGCACUUACGCAGGAUCUGGUGGAUUUUGUGACGAGCCUGCCGCCAUCCGUCAACCCUUAUGAAGCAACAGCUGAGAAGGUCAAGCAGGAAACCAAAAUGGCCCAGCCUGUUCUGUGGGGACUAGUUCUCCGAAGGAUCACAACUUUCCUUUUCUUUACAUUUUUCUGCCAAGCCGUAGUUGUUCUUAUAUUGAGAAAAAAGGCGAAGCAAUUAAAAUUUUUCAGGUAUAACAAACUCGGUUUGAUCCAUGUUGAGGUGCUGAAUGAAAUGGUGCUUUUGAUGCUCAUAUUUUCUCUCUUGGCUUGGAUCGAUUUGAUCACUCAAGAAUUCGUUGAAUUAAGGCUCGUACGGUUUUCGAGGAAGAUCGUGUUGCACACGUGCAAGUUCCCCGUUGCGGCGAUUGUUUGUUGCUCAUUGGGAGCGCGAGCGCGAGCAGGAGCUUCAAUCAAACUUUCGCCUCUGCGGCGUUUUGCCUUAAACGGUUUACUGGUGACCGUGAUUGUCGUACCUGGCGCAUUACUUUUGUGGAUCUCUAUCCUGGCCGCAUUCAAUCUAAGUGCCAUUGAAUCUACUACCAGGAAAAUCGUCGUGGCUCUGCUCCAAAACGCACCAAGCUACCGACCCGAAACCUACAACUAUUUGAGUGUGGUUGAAAUCUUAAAGCCUAUGGAAACAGUCUCAGAUAACAUUAAACGUCUUACUUACUUGACCCGGUUUAUGCUUUUGCUUUAUUUGGUGCAACAUUCGUUGAUAGCAGUCUUUUAUCUCCCCACCUGGGUCAUCGUCUUACGGGGCCUCAGAAAGCAAACUGUUCCUGAACAACUCCAGGGAGGGGCUUCUUUACAGAUCUCGAGCCAUGUCAGUAAUACAGAUAAGUUAUGCGCUCCGACCCCAAAAGUCUCGCAUUUCAAUGAUCCGACGUUUGUUUUGGUAGAGCAAGUGUUUAAUCACGGGCCUACAGCCCUUAUAGGCAACGUUAUAAUGGCUUUCCUCAUCCAAAAUGCGCUGUACAGUGCUAAAAAGGCCACUGAUGUCCGUAAUGUCGAGGCAGAUGCCGCUCAGAAUGUGGUCAAGUUGAAACAACACAUUCGUCGAAUCAUUAACAUGUAA